UCACCUGCAAGCAUGGUGCAUUCAUUCCUGUUUGUUUUGAUAUGAACUGAAAAAAGGCAAACUAUAAAAUAGCUGUCAAUGGUUUGGAAGUUAGAAUUUACGAGGUGUCCUGAAUGCCUCAGGAAGUUGUCAGCGGGGAAGCGUCAAGAUGGUGAAAUUUGGACUGCAGUUUAAAGCCACCCUGGAGAACGUCACGAAUGUUAGACCAUUGGGGGACGAUUUCCGCUGGUUCCUGAAGCUCAAGUGUGGAAACUGUGGAGAAAUUCCAGAUAAAUGGCAGUAUGUAACUCUGGUGGAGAGUGUGCCACUCAAGGGAGGACGAGGGAGCGCCAGCAUGGUGCAGAAGUGUAAACUCUGUUCCAGGGAAAAUUCCAUCGAUAUUCUGGGAGACACAAUCACACCUUACAAUGCCGAGAACAGCGAAACCUUCAAGACGAUGGUGCAGUUCGAGUGUCGAGGUCUGGAGCCCGUUGAUUUCCAGCCACAAGCUGGCUUCGCUGCAGAAGGAGCAGAGUCUGGAACACCGUUUCCCGAAAUCAACCUGCUAGAAAAAGACUGGACCGACUACGAUGAGAAAAUUAGUGAGUCUGUGGGAAUAUAUGAGGUCACGCACCAGUUCAUCAAGUGCUGAUAUCACCAUGCAUUGAGCCUUAGAGGAACACUGCAGGAAAACUUCCUCGGCCCCAAUUCCUGGCGACGGGGAAUGCCUCGACACGGAGAUGUGGUCUGUGCUUUGGUUGAUGAUGAACAUUAAGGUGUGCGGAUUAAGGCAACAGGUUGUUGUACACAUGUCUUGGAUUGAUCAACAUGCUAAGAGGAUGGUUUUUUUUUUUUUUUUUUUCAGUCCCUCAAUAAAAUUGAAGGAUGAACAUUUUGAAUUGAGGUUUUUCUUUGCUUUUGCUCCUCAAACAGCAAUACAAGACUGACGAUGUGUAGUAUGAGGUACUUCACAUUAUAUGCUAAGGAUGCUAAUGAAGAAUACACUUUGAAAUGUCCUCCACACAUUUUGUGUAAUUAUCAGAAAAUUAUGUAUGACUCAUUUCAGAGUUAAAUAAAAAGACAAGUACCGUCAAACCUUGGGAAUGAAAUUAAAAUGAAACUCUACUUGAAAAACA